CAGAAGACACAACCGGCGGCUCUCCGGGGAUUUAUAAGGCCCCUCCAGCAACCGCGCGUUGGGAUUCGUGGUGUUGCUGGAGACCCGUAUGGUGUCUGCAGUCAGCGACCCUCCAACUUCAACUACUGGAUCAACCAUGUGUGAGUGCAUCUCCAUCCAUGUGGGCCAGGCCGGAGUGCAGAUGGGCAAUGCCUGCUGGGAGCUGUACUGCCUGGAGCACGACAUCCAGCCCAGUGGCACCAUGCCCAGCCACAAGGCCCUGGGGAGUAGUGAUAACUCCUUCAACACCUUCUUCAGGGGGACCCAGCCUGGCAGGCAUGUGUCCUGGGCUGUCUGUGGACCUGGAGCCUGCUGUCAUAGCACAAUGAAGUCGCUGUGAUCAGAGGGAAGGGACCACUGAAGGUGCCACCUGCUCUCCCCGUCUCAAGCCCAGGCAGGACCUGGCCUUAGAAGUGGGUCUCUGGUCGGGAGGCUGAGGCAGGAGAAUCGCUUGAACCCGGGAGACAGAGGCUGUGGUGAGCCAAGAUCGCGUGAUUGCACUCCAGCCUGGGCAACAAGAGUGAAACUCCGUCUCAAAAAAAAAAAAGAAAAGAAAAGAAAAAAAAGAUGCCGUGCAUCAUCACUCUGUUGAGCAGUUGUACCUGGGGAGGCUUAGCAGCAAAAGUUCUGGUGUCUGGCGUUCCCUUGGGGAAUGAACCAGCUUGUCUUACCUUUGUCCUUUCUUCCCCUCAAGAUGGGGUAAGAACUGACAUUUAUAGGCAGCUCUUCCACCCUGAACAGCUGAUGUCUGGCAUGGAAGAUGCUGCCAACAACUGUGCCCAUGGCCACUACACUGCGGGGAAGGAGAUCAUCGAUUUGGUGCUGGAGUGAAUCUGAAAACUGGUGAGCAGGCCUCUGGCACCUACAGGAGGUCGUUGCAUCCUUAACCCUCUUCCUGGCUGGGAGGCAACCACAGCCUGUGCUGGUACCUGACAUCAUUCCUCCAGCCUGUCAGUCCACUCAGCUUCUCCUAAGGGGAUAUGUGUUUUCUGUCCUGGUACGGAUCUAGGGACUCAAGCUUCUGCCCUGAUGGUUCCUCACUUUGCCAGGUCUGUCUGAUCCAAGCCUUCUUUGACCUUUGAUCCAUCUCUACAGCAGCUCAGCUUGUUGUUCUUAGACUCCUAUGCAGAUCUGUCCAGGUGGGAGGGGCUCCUGUUUAGCACUCAACCAUUUCACCAGUUCACCCUUCCCCUAUCCGAGGCAUUGAGAACCACGAGUGAGGCUGCCUGUGAGCCAGGACUUUGGCCCUGUUGCUGUAGGGGGAUUGCCUAGACAUACUCUCUGCUGCUUGGUAGAGACUGAGGACUUGGAAGUGACCUGAGGAGUAGAAUUCUGUGCUCCCUUCCUCAAGAAUGAAAAUAAAAUACCUCCUAGGGUUAGA